CGGCUUAUGGCCACCAGAUGGCAGCAGCCCGUCACGUGAGACCGGAAGUAUUGACGUACCUUCGGCGACGGGAACGUUGAUUGUGGCGGACCAACAUGGCCGCGCUCGGGCGGGGGGCAGCCUUCCUACGUUUACUCCGGAGCAAUGCCCAGGUGCUGUGCAGGCGCUGCAAACCAAGCUGGAGGAGCGUGGCAGGGAUGGUGUCGGUGACCCUGGGUGGCACCCUGUGCGCCGUUCCCUUCACUCAGGUUCCCAGUCUCACUCACGAGUCUCUGAUCAAACGAGCGGCCUCGUUGGUAACGGACAGCUCCAGCACCUUCCUAUCGCAGAGCACCUUGGCGCUCAUAGAUGCCAUCACCGAGUAUUCAAAAGCUGUGCAGACGCUGAUAACGCUCCAAAAGCGCUACCUGGCCUCGCUGGGAAAGCUGAGCCAGGUGGAGGAGGACUCUAUUUGGCAGGUGAUGAUUGGCCAGCGAGCGGAGCUCAACGACAGACAAGAGGAUUGCAAGCGUUUUGAGGCCGUGUGGGUCACCGCCCUGCGCUUGUGUGAAACAGCAGCAGAGGCAGCAUAUACUUCAGGCGCGGAACACGCGUCCAUCACCAUGCAGACCAACAUUCAGCUUGCCCGCUCCCAAGCCGAGGAGGCGCUCAAAUUGUCCAGAGGUCUUGACAAGACGCUGCUGGAGGUGAAAGCCCUGGAGGUCCAGGCGAGCGCCCAGCGCGCCGCCGCUCUGGAGAAGAGCGAGGACGACGUGCCCGAAGCUUACCUCAGGGAGGACUGAAGAGACGACCGCAAAUCAAGAUCAGUGAAUAAACAAACUUUACUGGGCCGAGGGAGAGACCCCGCCGCGUCGAUGCAAAUCUCGAUUGCCUUGGUGGAGGUCUUUGGAAAUUCAGGAGUUUCUAACUUUCUUUAUGUUCUGACGUUGGCGGAGGUCUUUGCACUGCUUGUUGUAUUCAGUCUUUCAUGUCAACUUUGGAGUGAUUACUUUUUGUCAACACUGAAUAAAAGCACAUGAGAUUACAAGAGA